AUGAGUGAAGAGAUGAAGAGGAGCGGCGGCGGUGCAGUGGUGGCGCCGCUUAUGUCUUCCUCCGACGAUCGAAAAUCCUCGUCCGGAUCGAAUCCCAGCAAGAAAGUCAUCGUUAAGAGCGCAGAUAUGAAAGAGGACAUGCAGAAAGAAGCCAUCGACAUUGCGGUUGCUGCGUUCGAGAAUUUUAAUGUGGAGAAGGAUGUAGCAGAGCACAUAAAGAAGACGUUCGACAAAAAAUAUGGCCCAACUUGGCAUUGCAUCGUCGGCAAAAACUUCGGUUCCUAUGUGACUCACGAGACAAAUCACUUUGUCUACUUCUAUCUGGACUCAAAAGCAAUACUCCUGUUCAAAUCUGGCUGA